CCUCUUUACUUGCUUAGAUAACUCAACAUGGCCUCGGAAAAGAAAGUCGCGGAGAACAUGCUAUGGGGAGGGCGGUUUACAGAGGGCCUUGAUCCUGUCAUGGAGCAGUACAAUGCCUCAUUACCCUACGACCGUCUCUUCUACGCGGAAGAUAUUGCUGGCUCCAUCGCUUUUGCGCGUGCCAACCUCAACAACAGCAUCCUUACUAAAGACGAGUUUGCUGCUAUCGAGAAGGGCUUCGCGCAGAUCAAAGAAGAGUGGGCGUCGAAUUCGUUCGAAGUCAAGGCAAACGAUGAGGACGUUCACACGGCGAACGAGCGGAGGUUGAGCGAGAUCAUUGGCAAGGACAUUGGCGGGAAACUGCACACAGGACGCAGCAGGAACGAGCAGGUCGCGACAGAUAUGCGACUUUGGUUGAGGGAGCAGCUGAGGACGCUAGAGGGUUAUCUCAAGCUCUUGAUCAAGACUUCAGUUCAGCGCGCGGAGGCCGAGAUUGACGUAUUAAUGCCCGGCUACACACAUCUGCAGAAGGCCCAGCCAGUCCGCUGGUCACACUGGAUCCUUUCACACGCUACCGCCUUUGCCUCCGAACUCGAGCGCCUUCGAGAGGUCAUCAAGCGCGUCAACCGCUCCCCACUCGGCUGCGGCGCACUCGCCGGCAACCCUUUCAACAUCGACCGCCACGCUAUGGCGAAAGAGCUCGGCUUCGAAGGGCUGCUCACAAACUCUCUCAAUGCCGUUGGCGACCGAGACUUUGUAUUCGAGACCAUGCAAUGGGGUUCCAGCUUCAUGCUUAAGAUGUCUCGAUGGGCUGAGGAUUUGAUCAUCUACUCGAGUCUGGAAUUUGGCUUUGUCCGCCUCGCAGACGCAUACUCAACAGGAAGCUCGCUUAUGCCGCAAAAGAAGAACGCCGACUCCUUGGAGCUGAUCAGGGGAAAGAGUGGACGCGCCUUCGGGCACAUGGCUGGCUUGUAUGUCACAAUUAAGGGCCUGCCCACUACCUACAACAAAGAUCUUCAGGAAUCUGUCGAGCCGCUCAUCGAUCACAUCAAGACCGUCAGCGACUCCAUUCAGAUCGCUACCGGCGUUCUGUCCACCCUCAACAUCAAUGCAGCGAAGAUGCACGCUGCGCUUGCCCCAGAGAUGCUGGCCACAGAGUUCGCAGACUACCUCGUCAGGAAAGGCGUGCCAUUCCGUGAGGGACACCACAUCUCAGGUCGUGUGGUCGCAUUGGCGGAAGACAAUGACGUGCCCAUGGACAAGCUGAGCCUGGAGCAACUGAAGGGCAUCGAUUCGAGGCUAGGCGACGAUGUUGUCGAAUGCUUGGACUACGAACGUGCGGUGGAGUUGAAGAACGCAACCGGCGGUACGAGCAAGAGCGCCGUUCUUGAGCAAGUGGAGAUUCUGAAGAAGAUCCUGCAGUAGAUGUUUGAACUUUAGUACGCCCAGUGACAAGGGCAUGUUUAUGAUAUAUGCGUUAGAGUAGAUGAUUAUAUUUCUUCAACAUACAACGACUGAUUGCAUGAUUACUCAGUCUAUGUACUGCUUACAUGUCUUGAAUCCCGCAACCCAUUGAACUCUUAGCGUCAGCCCCUCUGUAU